AUGUGCGACCAGAUAGCUGCCCUCGUCCUGCCUGGCGCCGACGAUUUGCCAUUCAAAAUGUCGCUCACAUUCAUUCUCCUCGCCCUUCUUUCGACAGUUAGCGGCCUUCCCACCUCAUAUCGCUUUUCACGAGCAGAUUCGGCCGCUGUAAACCCGAUCCCAUCGACUGCACCAGCAAACGAGACCGCAGGCUGCUCUUCGUCAACAGCGGCCGACUUUCUCGCCCAGUUUUCUUCCACCAACCAUGCCAACAUAACACUCGCCCUCUCACCCGAGCUUGGUGGAAACCGCUCAUUCCUCGUCCACCUGCCAGCUGCAUACGACCUCGCAGUGCCCCAUGCGCUCGUUGUAUCGUUUCAUGGCUUCAAGAGCAAUGCAAAGAAGCAAGAACGGAUUACCGGCUUAUCAGGAUCUGGAAUUCGAAUCAACGGGAAGGGAAUCGUCGCUGUUUACCCUCAGGGUCAGUUUGGGCCAGGCAAGAAUGGCGAUGAGAGCAUCAGGGCAUGGCAAGGAGCGCCGUAUUCGCCACCAGGGGUUGACGAUGUUGCGUUUACUCAAGCGCUCGUCAGUCAUCUUUCGGAAAACCUGUGUUUGGACUCGAAUCGGUUCUACGCGUCGGGAAAGAGCAACGGGGGUGGAUUCACCAAUCUGUUGGCGUGUACUCCAGAGACAGCGGGGCUCUUUGCUGCAUUUGCACCAGUGUCUCCGGCUCUUUACGCCGGUGCGAAUCCAGCAGACUGUGCGCCAGGAAGAGCGGUCCCACUCAUCAAUUUCCAUGGUCUUUCCGACCGGAUUAUUCCAUUUGGAGGGCAGGAGUCAGAUAGACAAGGGAGGAUUGAAUACGCAACACCAAACAUAACCCAGUUUCGUGAAGCAUGGGCGGAACGGAACGGAUGUGGGUCUCCCUCCAAAGUCGGGGCAGCGGUCAAGCUUGCCGCCGUCAAACUCAACAAGAAGCCUGCGGUCUCCCAUCCUCAUCCGGACACGACGCUGAAGGCAUUCCUAUGCAAUGCUCAGGUGAACGGUUUCACUGUCGAUGGGCUUGGGCAUUCUUGGCCGGGGACGGAAGGUCUCGACGGCGGCGUUGCCACGUUCAACGCAACUACGGCCAACAUCAUCCCAUUCUUCGACACGUAUGCAUUAGGUCAAUAG